CUGAAGAAUUUGAAGAGAAGGAAUUGUGGGCUAAAGCGAUGGAAGCCCAUUUCCGCGCUGCUGAUCAAUUUGUUUUGGCGAUAAAUUAUACAUCAGAUCCGGAGGUAGCGCGAACUUUAAAAUUACUGUACGCUACCCAUAAUCGACAAGGCAAAGAAUUACAACGUCGUAUAGAAAAGCAAGCACAGCAAUCUCCAAAACAACCACAAGAACGACUAAAUACACCAACAUCUCAUAGAAGUCGAUCAAAAUCAGGUUCUGCUGCACCAGAUAAAAGUAAUUCUACUCAAAGGACACAUCAAUUACAAUCUAGAAAAGGAUCGUCUUCCACGCUACCAACAACGUAUUUGAGUUCUCAACAUGCUCUGGGCGUUCAGAUACCAUCUAAUAACAAUGAAAAGAUGGCUUCAGAUUUGUUAAGAUCAGGAUUUAGUAGUACAUCUGUUAACUCUAAUAGUGGCAUAAGACGGAACCCAGUAUGGUCUGAUUCUACGACUUCAAUAGGUGUUUCAAAAGAGAUGAUGACAACAUCGACGGCUCCAAGUAUCUCGUUGGAAGGUUCAUCCAGUUCUGAGAAAAUUGGUGACUCUUAUAUG